CGGCUUGGGAUUUUCUGAGUGGAAAAGAUGGGUGGGGCUGCGCUGGAGAUGGAUGCUCUGUGGGGUGACUUUCUGUUUACCGUUCGGUACGGUAGCACCUCGGACCUCAGCUGAUGGUGCACGAGUUUGCUGACAUAACAAGGAGUGUCUGCCUCCUGUUUCACCGGUAGGCCUUACUGUACUUGAAUCUUAGGCUUGCUAAACACCCAAUAAUGGAUAUUUUCACUGUUGUCCUGGUAUCCGGCUUUGUUUUGUGUGGUUUUGCUUUGACAAUUCGUUCCCUCAUUGCCAAGAUCAAGGUUGGAAAGGGUAUGCCAUGCCAUGUUUCCAAGGCUCCCAAAAAUUGUGACUCAUACACGGGAGUGGUUGUAGUUGGUUCAGGUGUCCUGGGCUCAGCCAUAGGUGCAGUGUUGGCCAGAGAUGGUCGAGAGGUGACUGUUAUUGAAAGAGAUCUGUCUGAGCCAGACAGAAUUGUUGGGGAGCUGCUACAGCCUGGUGGGUACAAGGCACUCAAGAAGUUGGGAUUAAAAGAUGCCACAGAGGGAAUUGAUGCUCAUACUGUUUUUGGUUACGUUAUCCAUGACAAUGACUCGAAAACAAGGGUGAACCUCAGUUACCCCCUGGAUGAGAGCAAAAGAGUCACCACUGGUCGAUCCUACCACCAUGGCCGAUUUAUCAUGGGGCUGAGGAGGGAGGCCAGCAAAGCAGGAGCGACCAUGGUUGAGGGUACCGUCACUUCACUGCUAGAAGAUACUAAUAGUUCCAUUGUGGGAGUAUCUUACAAAGACAAAGAGACUGGGAAAAUCAAGUCUGUAAGAGCAGACCUAACAGUGGUGGCUGACGGCUGCUUUUCGAAGUUUAGGAAGGGUCUCAACAAUGCUCCUGUGUCGGUUUCCUCUCACUUUGCUGGCAUCGUCAUGCACAACUGUCCUCAAAUCAAGGAGGGGCAUGCUGAGAUAGUACUGUCAAAGAACGGGCCUGUUUUAGUAUAUCAGAUAUCCAGCGAAUGUACAAGGAUUCUUGUGGAUAUCCAAGGAAAGAUGCCGUCUGAGAUCAAAGAAUACAUGUUGUCUACUGUGCUACCAGAGUUACCUGAGCACAUGCGUGGUCCGUUCUCUGAGGCGGUACAAAGUGACAGAAUCCGUUCUAUGCCCAACAGCUUCCUGCCCCCUGUGACCAAUCUUAAGCCCGGGGUCAUCCUCCUGGGUGAUGCUUACAAUAUGAGGCACCCACUGACUGGGGGAGGAAUGAGUGUGGCCCUCAAUGAUGUGGUGAUAUGGAGGGACCUGCUAUCCACUGUGCCUCAUCUCUCUGAUCACAAAACAAUUCUAGAGAAGCUCAAAGUGUUUCAGUGGAAAAGGAAACAAUCUCAUUCAUUUGUAAUCAACAUUUUAGCACAGGCUCUCUAUGCGCUCUUCUCAGCUUCUGAUGACUAUCUCCAUGAGUUAAGGAAAGCAUGUUUUGGUUACUUCAAGCUAGGAGGAAUUGCUGUUUCUGGACCAGUUGGACUGCUAUCAGUGUUGAAGCCCCACCCUGCUAUUCUUAUUGGUCAUUUCUUUGCUGUGGCUCUGUAUGCUAUCUACCACACAUUCAAGUCCUGUCGACUGUUUAGUAUUCACAAGGCACUGUAUAGAGCUAUCAUGAUAUUCGCCAAAGCCUGUUAUAUAAUUUUCCCUCUUAUGGGCUCAGAACUUUUGUAUUUGUUUUAGAAGUCUAACAUUAGUUUUUUAAUGACUAUUUAUUAUUCUCAUCUGUCAACAACA